ACUACCAAUAUAAUAAAGUCCUGCCAUUCUUCUUAUUCUCCACAAAAACAAUACUAGCAAUGAAAUUUCGUGUGAUCAUCAGCUUGCUCCUAGUGUUUUUCUUAGCUCAAACUUGUUAUGGAGAUGUUUUCUUCUCCUCUCUCCCAAGAACUCUAGUGGUCAGUGCUUCCCCUCUACAAGGACAAGUACUGAAGGCUGGAGAGGACAGAAUUACUGGGAAAUGGGGUUUGAAUGAGAGCCUCAAGGCAUCAGUAGUCUCUUUAGAGUACAAGAAUGUUAAAGUGAGUUUGUGUUAUGCUCCUGUGAGCCAGAUAGACCGUGGAUGGAGGGCAACGGUGGACAACUUGAACAGAGACAAGACCUGCCAAUUCACCAUUGCUAAUGGAAACUAUGAUGCUUCUCAGACUAGUCAAAGCUUCGAUUGGCCAAUUGAGAAAGAUAUUCCUUCAGCUACUUACUUUGUGAGAGUCUAUGCUUACAACUCCACCGGUGAGGAGGUGGGGUUUGGUCAGACUACGGAUGCGAGUAAGAUCAGUAACCUGUUUGAAAUCCAAGGAAUCAGCGGAAAUCAUGUGUCGUUUGACAUUGCUUCGAUUUGUUUCUCUGCUUUUUCUUUGGUGUCCUUGUUUGGAUUUCUCUUAAUGGAGAAAAGAAAGAAUAAGAGGCUCUCAGAGAACUAAGAGAAUGACUUAGAUAUAAUGUUGACUUACCUCAAACUUGAAGUGUUCCCCCGUUUGUAGUUUUUCUUAAAACACCCCUCUAUUAUUACCACUUCUGGCUCACAAAUCUCAAGUUCAGCACCUAGUAGCACUUAGCCCCAACACUGUAUAAUACAUUGUAAUUCUGGAUUAAGACGAAUAAUGAAAGUUUUAAAACUUUUAGCUUAAAA